AUGGUUGCUAUCAAGUACUCUCUCGCUGCUUCUAUCCUCGCCGCCUCCGCCAUGGCCGCCCCCGCUCUCGAGGAGCGAGGAGGCUCCGACCACGGAUCUUGGGGUGGAAAGGGCGAAGUCUCCAAGGGUGGAUCUUGGGGUGGAAAGGGCGAAGUCUCCAAGGGUGGAUCUUGGGGUGGAAAGGGCGAAGUCUCCAAGGGUGGAUCUUGGGGUGGAAAGGGCGAAGUCUCCAAGGGUGGAUCUUGGGGUGGAAAGGGCGAAGUCUCCAAGGGUGGAUCUUGGGGUGGAUCCAAGGAGGAAACCAACUCUUGGGGUGGCCAGGGCAGUGUUGCUCCCGUCGGCCCAAUCAUCAAGACCAUUCAGGAUUGCAGUGUCGGCAUUUCCGGUGCUGUCUCCCUUGUCGCCUCUUUGACACUUCACGGUGACAUUUCUUCCACCACCACUGCCCUUGCUAUCUGUUCCAAGGCUGUGGAGGGCCUCUCUCAAUCUGUGCCUGCCCUCAUUGCCGGGAUCCAGGGCUCCAUCAUCUUCCAGCAGGGAGGUGCCCUUGCGCAGCUCUGUGCUCCUGGCCUGUCCACCAUCGUGAACUUGACCAUCCAGGUCGUUUCUUCCCUGAUUGGAGUUAUUGGCAAGCUCAUCUCCAAGUCUUGUUCCGACGAGCAGAUCACGCAGAUUGCCACCCUCCUGCACACCUGCAAGGGUCUCAUUGUCGACCUCAACGGUUGCCUUGGUGGAAUUGUCUCAGGUGGUAUCGACUUUGGCCAUGGCAAGCUCACGCAGGACCUGCUCCCCAAGAUUGACGGCGCAGUCAACUCUUGCCAGUCCUGCCAGACCAAGAAGGUCUGCAACGGCUGGUAA